AUGAGUUCAAUUAGGCAAGAGCAGGCCGAAAAGGAAGAAAGACAGAAAAAGCAUUACAAAAUGCUCAAUGAGCUUCAGAAUAUGGCCAGAGAAUUACCAGCGAAGUUUCAGCAGAGAUUACCAUAUGAUUUGCUAUCAAGUUUAGCUGAUUCACUGAUUGACAGUACAGUUUUUGAUAUUGUACAUAGUUUGGAGGAAGUACAACAUUUAGAAGAGAAGGCAAUGUGUAGCUCUAGAUCCAGAAUGGUCAGUGAACACAAAGCUCAGAGUCAUGUUAUGCAGAAAAAACAUAAAGAAUUAUUACUAGAAUGUGAAAAUAGACCCCAUAAUUUACCAUUAGUUCAAUCUCAAAUAGACAGAGAAUUAGAGAUGAUAAAGAAAAGACAUGAUGAUGAAGUAAGAAAGAGAGAUAUGAAAAUUAUUUUAGAAUUGGACCAAAAAGCUAUGGAACAACAAAAUCUUCUGGAGAAAGCAGGUGUACCAGGAUUUUAUGUUACAAAUAACAAACUGGAGAUGAGAUUACAAAUGUAUUUAUUAGAAUUUAUAAACAGAAUGAGUCGCUCUGCACAGGAAGGUCUGUUUAAUUCAUGA